AUGAACUCCGACUUGAGAGAUCCACCAACUGAAUAUAGAGAAGGCUAUGCAUUGAGUGGUAAGAUAAUGCUAAGUGCUAUUGUUAUCCUCUUCUUUGUUAUCAUUUUAAUGGUUUGUCUCCACCUUUACGCUCGUUGGUACCUCAUCCGUGCACGCCAGCGCCAAAUCCGCCGCGCCCGCCACCGCCGUACCCAUCUUGUCUUCUACGUUGAUUCUGUCCACAACCCCAACAAUGUCGUUACUCAUGUCACGCGUGGCCUUGAAGAGACUGUCUUAAAAUCGCUUCCUGUUUUUGUAUAUUCAAGAAAAACCCACCAAGAUUCGAUUGAGUGUGCGGUUUGUUUAUCCGAAUUUGAGGAGAACGAAACGGGUCGGAUCUUGCCCAAAUGUAAUCACAGUUUUCACAUCGAGUGUAUUGAUAUGUGGUUUCAUUCUCACUCCACUUGCCCUCUCUGUCGCUCUCCGGUUGAAGCGGUGACGGAAAACUCUGUUCAAAAUGGUUCAAAUUCCGUGAUUUCAGAAGCGGGUUCGAGUUCGGGGGCGGGUUUGUGUACUACGUGUCAGCACGAGGAGGAUCGUGUGGGUUCGGCUUCUACGUCGUCGUUUAAUGGUAGAAGGAAACCGGUGGAGCUUAUUGAUGUGAGCAUAGAAGUGCCUAGGAGAAAUGAGAAUUUUGAGGAUGGGUCAAGUACCGAGUCACCAUCAGCGAGUCACGCGUUUAGAUCGCCAAGGAGUCGGAUGUUGUCGUUCAAGAGGAUGCUAAGUAGGGAAAGAAGAGGUACUGUGUCUCCUAACUUGGCUAACCGAGUGAGUUGCGGUGGUUGGUCAGGGAUGACCGAGUUGGAUAUUGAGCAAGGGAGGGAUGAGACGAUGCCUCAGGAAACUCGGUGUUAA